AUGAGUAUUCCUGGCCUUUGGAAGCUCCUCUCAGGAAUCAGGAAAGACCAGUCACUUACUGAGCUUGCAGUCUGUGAGGGCUUUGAAAUCCAGCAACAUAGCUCUGGUGUGCUCAUUGUGGGGAUAGAUGCCAGUCCAUGGAUGUAUGCAGUGCAGGCUUCAAUGGACCAUGCUUGGCGAAAGGGAGCAUCUCGAGCUGCACUGGGGAAAAAUUCAGAGCUGUGA